CUAAUCCGUCUGCUUGAGAGAGCGCGAAGUUAUCAGACUUUUGCUGCAGUAUGUGGUAACGUUGAGCUUCUAGAGCUGUCACACCUCUCCAAUAAUGAGUGAGGAGGCCCUUAUGUCGUUGGAUGGGGUAUUUUCACUAACUAUGCUUAGCUGGAAAUGGAGAUUAAACAGAGCCUGGGCAGAACUCAUCACCAAUUUCUAUAAAGACAAUUAUGCAGAGGUUUACGAACGUCGUCGGGGUUUCGAUCUUGAAGCUUCACGCGCGCUGUUGAGAGGAUUGGAAUGCCUCGGAUACAGCCCCAUGGAGCUUUGCUCGCAUCAAACGUCAGUCACGUCGUUACUCUUUCGACACAUUGACAGAGAACAAUUUGCGCAGGGGCACAUCGUUCCUGGCUCGGAUGCACGAAAAGAUCGGAUUGCUCGUGAAGAACCCUCGUUGGCUUCUGGCCCAAUCUCCGUGCAUGGACAUCCUGAAAUAUCUGGUUCUCGAUCGCAGCUUGCCGAGCCCCAAGCGCCCACAUAUGUAUCCGCUAGAAAACGACGCCUUUCUCAUACUGCCAUCUCCCACUCGUCGAAGCGACUCGUGCAGGCGACGGCAUGUCAGUCGAUCGAAGACGUCAACCAAACAGAGAAUGACGUACAACCUUCGUUUUCAGAUGGUUUACUGCCGUCAUUGCUGCCACAUCAAUUGGAUUUGCCAGCCGAUAUCACGACAAGACAAAGAACCGAGCUGCUAGAAAGCCCUACCACUGCCGCGACCGGACAGGAUUAUGGAUAUGUCGGGACUGGUGAGGAAACCCUUUCCAUUUCUAGCGCCCGAGAGCAGGCGACAGCUUGGAGAUGUAAUGCCGAGACUGGCAAGGAUAUACGUUUGGAGUCGGGAAAUGAACUUUUCACUUCUCGCCCGAACCAAGCCUGGACAGAAGGAGCAAGACCGACAGGAAUGGACAUACUGUCGCAGGCCGCCGAGCCCCUUUUCGUACCAGGUACCGAAGAGCAUGCGUCGUCGUUUCCUAUUGGAGGUAGGCCACAGGCUCCAUCGAGUUUGCACACAUUGGCCAAGAUAUCAUCUGCUGAUCAUUCAGAAGGGGAAAGCGUUCCUAAUAUGAGUCAUCAGUGUGGCGAGCGACAAACGGAGCAAGAUAUCGCUGAUGCUCUCGCUUGGGUGAGCGACUGUGACUUCAAUAAUAGUGAUCCUGUAAUGGAUUUAAAUUGGUGGCAACAAUUUGUGGCUAUGAAGGGUAACUAAAAAAGCAAGUGGACUGGUCAUGUAUUUUUAUCGUUCCCUUCCAUUCCGCGGUAUCGCCCAACCCCAGCUCAAGAAAUACAUCAUAGUUGACUAGCUCCAACACAAUCUUUUCUUUCGUGCAAUCUAUAAGUGUAAUACGCCCGGCUUGUUGUUUAGGUAUCCCUGGACUCUUGAAUCGGAGAACAAGCGGUAUUUCUCCCUGCAUGAAUAAGUUGCUAGACUUUCUAAAAGUAACAGAGGUGCGAAGUACCUUCUCAAG